AUGCUUGCACGCACCUGCACGAGGUGUCUGGCUCGGCCACGCACCAGUGCACUACGGACAAAUGUGUACUCCGCACGGGUGCAGCGCAGGUCUAUUGGCAGUGCGCCUUCAGGAGCUGUUGCUGCGCCGAGCAAUGGCCUUCACAUAGGAACGCUGGUGCCAAUCGUGAGCGAGUUGGAUCGCAUGGCGCCGAGCUUUGAUCUGAGAGGGGAGGACAUUCGUGUUAUUAGAACGCCGGCGGAAUUCUACGAAACCUUGAAGGACCGCAUACGCAAUGCCAAACGACGAAUCUUCCUAUCAACUCUUUAUAUCGGAAAAUCCGAGAAGGAGCUUAUCGAAACCCUGAGGGAUGCACUUUCGCGCAACCCAGAGCUGAAACUGGACAUAUUGACAGACGGUCUGCGCGGUACGAGAGAGGCACCUGAUUCAUCGUGCGCGUCGUUGUUGGCACCGCUCGUUACGGAGUUUGGCGCAGAAAGAGUCGAGAUCCGCAUGUACCACACGCCGAACUUGACGGGGUUGAGAAAGAAGUACAUCCCGAAGAGGAUUAACGAGGGCUGGGGCCUGCAGCACAUGAAGCUCUAUGGUGUCGAUGACGAGAUCAUCAUGUCAGGUGCGAAUCUCUCCACGGACUACUUCACCAACAGACAGGAUAGGUACCACCUCUUUUCGUCCGGAGAGGUUACCGAACACUUUUGGCGCAUUCAUAGCGGAGUUGCGUCGUUUAGCUUUCUGGUCGAGCCUUCGCGGGAGGAUGCCGGAUUCACGCUCACUUGGCCUCGGACCAAUUCUGCGCCAUGUCCCCUCGAGGAUCCGCAGUCCUUCAUCAAGAGCUCGAGCCAGACGUUGAAGGCACUGGUUGCGCCCCAAGCAGAAAAGCUGCCCAAGGGCGACUUUAGCAAUACGAGGGUAUACAUGCUAGGGCAAUUCUCCCAAGUCAUGAAACCGGACGAGUCUACCGAACUGCCUGUCAUUACACACAUCCUGAAACAGCUCGCCCUGCCUCAAUAUCGCGGCUCGUCGUGGACCUUUACAGCCGGCUAUUUCAACCCAGCGCCGUCGCUGACCAGACUCCUCAUCGGCACAGCAUCCACCAACAACACCGUCAUUACGGCCGCCCCCGAAGCAAACGGCUUCUACAAGUCAAAGGGUGUUUCGGGCCUCCUCCCCGACGCGUACGUCCUUCUCGCCCGCCGCUUCCUGGACAACAUCAGCCAAAGCCGCCGCGACCAGGACAUUGUUCUGAAGGAGUGGCGGCUAGGGACGGCGGGCCACGUUGGCGGAUGGACAUAUCACGCCAAGGGCCUCUGGGUGACGAUGCCGGGGGAGACGUCUCCAUCGAUGAGCAUCAUUGGCAGUUCGAAUUAUACGAAGCGCAGCUAUUCGCAUGAUUUGGAGGUUGGCGCGCUGAUCGUGACGAGGGAUGAGUCGUUGAAGAGACAGUUGGGCGAUGAGCAGAGCUGGUUGCAGGAGCAUUCGAAGAGAGUGACGCGGGAUGACUUUGCCAAGAACGAGAGGAGGGUUGGGCUGCAGGUGAGAAUAGCAAUGUGGAUUGUGUCGUUGGUGGGUGGUGCAUUGUAG